CCGUCGUUUUACUUUCACUGAAAUACUGAAUUACAAUUGAAAAAUACAAUUACUCUAUGCUUCACGCGUCAUGUUUUCAAGGAUUUUCAAAUCCAGGCAGGGAAUAUUUUGAUGAGCUUGUAUGAAAAACAGAUAAGUGUAGUUUGAAAGCAAACAAAACAUAUUAUUUCAAAAACGUGUCACGUUUUUUCCCUUUAAUAUAUAAAUAUAUAUAUAUAUAUAUAUUACUUGUCUCGUUGUAAUAUAAACGGCUCCGAUUCAGUAUCUUUAGUUUACGGUGAGUUGCCGUGGUUACGGUUUUAUUCCGGAAAUUUCUCUGCACAACACAAACAUGGCUGUGCAAAACUGGAUCGAUAAUCUAAAAUCGUCCACGAAAACUGCUUUGAUUCACGAUGGGAGAAGGAAGAUCCACUACCUCUUUGCAGAUGGAAAAGAAAUGGCAGAAGAGUAUGACUUGAGAACUGAUGAGCUUGUUGUGCGGAAGUGGCGUCACAAAAGCACACUUGGAGCUCAGGGUCAGUGGCAGGUAGAAGUUGGGGAGCCACUUGUUGGUCCUGUCACUUCUUUGGAAACUGAGAUGCUCAAAGAAAAUUGCUCCAAUCCUGUGUUUAUGCGUAAAGAUACAAAGAGCAGCUUUCAAUGGAGGAUCCGGAACCUACCUCACCCCAAAGAUGUCUUUAAUGUUUCAGUACAGCCACCUGAAAGAAGUAUAGUCAUUAAAACUUCCAACAAAAAAUAUUAUAAGAAGUUUGGAAUUCCCGAUUUGGAUCGUAUGCAACUUCCACUGGACAGCUCUGCCUUAAGCUUCACUCAUGCAAAUAACACCUUAAUAGUCAGCUACAAAAAACCCAAAGAGAUUUUAACCUUCGAGCAGGACCUGUUGAAGGAGCUGAAGAAGCUGAAGGGGACGAGUGAAGGGGACAUUGACUGCAAAACUCAGUGAUUUCUGAAGGAUAGAAUGCCAUAUGUGAGCUCAAUUAAUGUUUUAUUAAACUCUCCUGACAUGUUUUUCAUACUGAAAAUCUUUGUUUAUUAAUGUAUUGCUCUUUGAAACUUUUAGAAUAAUUUAAAAUAUGACUUCAUGUCACACGCUUUCUGCCUCUGUCAAAGCCAGUGCACCGUAGUCUUGAUGGGAGUCACCCAACCUACCCAACCUCCUUUCACUGAUGUCCUUGUAAAGCACUCAAAACACACAAUGACCCAUCCCUGUUCGUUCCAGGGUCACAGUUACGAGCACGUCCCAUUUGUGUUAACUGAAUACCUUCAUGUUCCUUGCAUGUCGUGGGCCACCCUGAAAGCCAUUAGUGAACUUUUGCUGAUUGAGCUAGCUAAAACAUGUAUGACUGUUUGCAUUUUAUUUUUACUCUAAGGCAUUUAUGUGAUUUUGCUCCUGCAAUCAACAUCAUCGACAUAGAUUUGCGUUAAGUACAAAACAGUGCAACUUUGUUCCAAAUUGAUAGAAUUUUGCCCUUGACGUCGCAAAUAUUUUGGCAACAUUGUUGUUCUCCCAAGCAAUUAGUGUGAUAUCUGAUGACAAGUUGUGGCCUUUAAUUAGCAGCAACCAGAUUUUUUUGGAUUAUCCAACAAGCUUUUUGAUCAUUUAUCCUUCCACUAAUUUUCUAGAAUAUGGUAAUACUUUACCCCUUGCCACAAAUGCUUUGAAAUUAAAGCAGAACAUAACAUUACAAUGUCAUAAUAAUUUUUUUCUGCAUGACAGAUUUGCUCCAUGUUGAUUAUGUUUGCCUUUCGUGCAGACAGUGGGUUUUAUUGCUCAUCAUCGCCAAAUACCACUUACGUGAGUGACCUCUUAAAGUGACCCCUCAUUGGACAUGCUAAAAGUCCCAACAACUAGCACGUGAAGAGGUUGUCUUUUUCUUUCAAGUUUUUGUGGAUUUAAAAAAAACUACCAAAACAAAAUUGCAAUGUCACUGUUUGAAAAAAACAUCAUGUUCUAAGCCAAACCCCUUCAAACAAUGGCAUAUGACUUUUGUUUUCAGCACAGCAUGUUUGGCCAUAUUUGUGGAGUAACUUGGUACAAGAGUCGCCAGUGUUUUGGAAUUCGUCAUCUCAUGGAGCUCAAGCGGGCACAGUGAGCGGGUGUGGGGGGACCCUCCCGUUAUAAACCCGUUGUAAUGCUUAAUCGUGUCUGAGAUAAUAGUACCCGAGGAAGAGGGGAAUAUGUUUU